UUCCUUAAUUAAGACCAUUUGGAAUUAAAUUCAUUAGAUACCAUGCAAUCUUAUCUUGAAACAAACUGAUAAAUUUUGUAAACUAUUAUCUAGUACUAAGAACUUCUUCUAAAGAAUGUGCAACACAAAAAUUAUCACACACGCACAAGCUCAUAUACAAUAUGUAGAUAAAUUCGAAUGGGACAAUCAACGUAACAUUUAUGUAAAUUAAUUUGACUUGUUGGCGAAGUUUGUGUUGUGGUUUUACUGUAUUGUUAUGUUAAGAUUGAUAUAUAAUAUCAAGGUUCUUUACAUGCAGUAUCAUCUUCAUGUAAAAGCAAUAAAAAGUGUUAUUAAAGGACUGCACACAGAUCAAAUCACCCAGCAGAAUGUCCAAAGUGGGAAAACUUAUAAAACAUGUUUUUGAAAAGCACCCUAUUAUUUCGAAUUCAGUAGCGUAUGGAAUCCUUUUUGUAAGUUCCGAAAUAUCACAGCAGGUUGUUAUAAAAAAAAUUUUGACUGAAGAAAAAGAACCGCUAGAUAAGAAAACUAUCGGACGAUAUGCGGUCUACGGGACACUUCUGCAGGGGCCUUACUUAACAAUUUGGUUCAGAUAUUUGGAUUCAAAACUGAAGGGGACCGCUUAUAAAAUUGUUACGCAAAAAGUUUUACUAGACCAAUUCCUAGCUACCCCCCCACUUUACUGUCUUUUCUUUAUCGCAAUGAGUUUACUAGAAGGUAGAGAAGACUGUACCAAGGAACUAAAAGAAAAGUUUUUAACAACGUUCAAGACGAGCUGUAUGUUUUGGCUUCCGGUUCAAACGAUAAAUUUCCUCUUAGUUCCACCCUCCUUCAGGGUGAUUUACGUUGGUACUUGUUCCUUAACGUGGGUUAACAUUCUUUGUUGGAUUAAGCGACAGUAGCAGGUAGCAGUGUUACCUGUGUUACUUUAAAACUUUUUUUCCCAGCAACUAGGUCACGGUUAUCAAUUAGAAUACAGUCUGAACACUGAACCACAAAUUAAAUUAAUGAAACUUAUCUUAUGCAAUACGAAACGUAGUAAGACGUCAAUUUUUAUAAUUUUACUAUGGUUUAUUUACGUAUAAUUUUGUUUUUGUAAUAUAUAUUUAAAAAAGAAUGUAGAAACAAUAAUAAAGCAAUAUUUCUACUAAAUGGGGACAGAGGAGAGGGUCAGUAUAAUACAGUACAUGACAAUACAGUAUGUAACUAGUUUUACCUUAAUUAAUAUUGUCUAACGAUAGGAAUAUAAUCAAUUCGAGAACAAUUAAAUUCUAAUAGUGCACAAUCAAUAAAUAAAUUAUAGAUUUU